CAAUGGGUCGGUGCUCUUAUUGGCCAACGGAAACAAAUCGCGUCCCUUUGGAGAAGUCAGGCUUGACUUCCGUCGACGAUCUACAAGGUUGCGUAUUUACUAGAUUACACGACUCGUAGAGACGGCGACUGAUUGAACCCUUAAAAUAUUUUCUAAAAUGAAGAUCAUAGGAGCUGGACUGCCUAAAACAGGCACCAAGUCUUUAGCGAGUGCUUUGAUGCAUCUUGGCUAUAAUGUGCAUGACCAUCCAGAGCAAAUACAGUUUCACUGUGAUGAAUAUAUUGCUGCUUUCGAAGGACAGAUGCCAAACUUUGAAGAAAUGUACGCAAAUGUCGAUGCCACAACAGAUUUACCGGCAAGUAUAUUUUACAAAGAGAUCUUCAAAGCUUUUCCUGAUGCCAAGGUUAUUUUGUCAGUUCGAGAUGAUGAGGAGUCCUGGCGCAGAAGUUUACUGAAGACUGUCGGCGUUGUUUCAUCUAUGACCAACAAUCCCUUAUUAAUUGUAUGCAGGACUUUAACACCAACUGGAAGAAAAUACAGUCGCAUUCUGCGUUUCAUUAUGAAUUACCUCAAGAAUGAAAUUGACUACACGAAGCACAAUGGUGACGUCAUGGCAAACAUCCCGGCGAAGCAACUGCUUGUGUUCAACCCCAAGGACGGGUGGGAGCCGCUAUGCGCCUUCCUGGGUGCUGAAGUGCCCGCUAUUCCAUACCCUCGAGUAAACGUGAAUUCAACUGCCAUACCAAGUAUAUUUAAGAACAGUUGGCACGUGCGACGAAUGAAGAGAGAGCUAGCGGUGAUGAUGGCGGUGUUUGUAGUGUUACUUGGCUGCACAUGCGCGUUGCUCUCGUUGCCAUCUUCAGUUUGAAAUAAACAAAGUAUUGCCCGUUUUGUUAGUUUUGUCCAGGACGCCGUCCCGAAGGUUUCGUGCGCUUUUAGCCACGGAUCAAUACCCUUGCAAAAGUCUUUAUUUGUAAAUGUCGAUUCGCAGUGAUUACGUAAGAAGGUUUGCUAAAAAGCGUAUAAAUGCAUAAAUGUAUAUUCGAAUUCUUAAGAUACUUAACAAAUCAUCACUAGAAGUAUAUAUGAUGGCAUAAUUUACAUCUGGUGGUGUUCUCGGGGGAAUAUCGGGGUAAUUAUCGCUUAUAGAUGUCUCGUGUUCGUGUGCCUUGUAUGAAUGUCGAUGUCAAAUAAAAAGUUCGCGCUCCGACGCGUAGAAAA